AUGUUGGAGAGACUUGGACUGGGGCAUCUUUCAUGCAUGAUCCCAUUUUGGAAGACCGAUGUCAGUGUUGGACAGAACACGUUGAGGACAAGUCUGAAUGAGCACUACACCUCCAAUGCCUCUACUGCAGACCUCACAAAUGUAUCAACAGCCAAAAACGUCAGCAGCAUGGCCGAUACCACGUCAUUGACCAUAGGCAAAGGCAGUGUGUGUGACUGUAUGCGUGAGUGGGAGCAUGAACACAAAUGGUUGUGGGAGAUGGAGAGACUGGCAGAGAUGCAGUGUGAAGCUGAGUCCAUUAUGAUGUCUGCCAAUGGAAACAUUAAUGAUGAUGAGACAGAGUUGAGUGAUGAAGAGGUGGAGUGCACAAUGCGACACUAG